AUGACUUCUAUACCGAACACCAUCGAAGCUAUUGCGAUUGCUAAGACUGGGGACUUCGAUGUCCUCGAAAAAAUGACAUUACCGUUCAAGCCUGCGCCCGAGGAAAUUGUCGUGAAAUAUUGUGGUGUCAACUUCGUUGAUACGUACUUCAGAAAGGGGCUAUACCCCAUCGGGUCCUUUCCAGCCGUCUUGGGGGGAGAGGCUGCUGGCACAAUUGUAGCCUUGCCUACAGACCAAAAUGUCCUCAACGACCCCAACUAUCAAGUUCGUAAUUUCGUCGUCGGCAGCAAAGUCGCAGUAAACUCUUUGCGGUCCCAUUCGAACUAUGUCGCGAAAGCGUAUAGGUUUGUGUAUCCGGUACCUUCGUCUGUGUCUACGUUAGAAGCAGCUGCAGGUCUCGUGCAGUCCCUUACAGCGGUCAGCUUUAUGGAUGAAGCCUAUACCGUGAAGAAGGGUGAUACCUUGCUUAUCCACACCGCUGCUGGGGGACUAGGACUCCUCCUUACUCAGUACGCCAAACACAUUGGUGCCACAGUGAUCGGGACGACCUCGACUCCCGAAAAGGCAGCUCUUGCCAAGAUAAAUGGCGCCGACUACGUCAUUCUAUACAAGAAUGAGAACACUGUCCAGCGUGUAUUGGAACUAACGAACGGCGAGGGCGUGGACGCUAUCUUCGAUGGAGUUGGGAAAGAUACGUUCGACGCGGACUUCGAGAUGAUCAAGAGAAAGGGAACUAUCGUCUCUCUCGGCAAUGCAUCUGGCCCUGUUCCUCCAUUCCCUCCUCUCAAACUUGUUCAGAAGAAUGUCAAACUCCUGCGGCCGACUGUGGGCAAUUAUACGUACACGCCCUCAGAGUCACUCCACUACGGAAAUAAAAUCUUCGACCUCAUUUCCAAGGGUGUUUUGAAGCUACGUAUUUAUAAAGAAUACCCUUUCACUGCACAAGGCGCGCAGCAGGCCCAGAGGGACCUCACGGGCGGCGUGUCUACUGGGAAAUUAGUCCUCGACGUAUCGCGAGUCUCGUAG